GGAGGAAGCGGCCGAGGCCGGAGCCGAGCCCGGCGAUGGCUGCAGCGGGGUCGGCGCAGCAGCUCCAGGUGGCGUUUGAGGACGUCGCUCUGUAUUUCACCCGGGAGGAGUGGGAGCUCCUAUCUCAGCGAGAGAAGCAUCUGUACCGGGACCAGAUGCUGAGGAAUUAUUGGGCCCUUGUUUCCCUGGGCUAUUCAGAUUCCAAACCGGACUUAAUCCACCAGAUCGAGGUAGGGAAGGCAGAGCUCUGGAUCCAGGAUGCUGAGGACUGCAGGGAAAGCUCUGGGCCUGAGAGCCCCUCCUUGGCAGGGCGCAGGAUCCUGGGAGGAAAGAGGGCACAGGCUGAAUGUGGGGAAACCGUGGCAGGAAAGCAGGAUCCCACGGCUCACAGAGGGAGCCAUGCACAGGACGCAGUCCAUCCCCAGGGUAAACUCAGCCAGAGACCAGAUGUGGCUACACACCAGAGACUCCCCAUGGGCCAGGGUCAUCAUCACUGCAUUGACUGCGGCAAGAGGUUCAGCAACGCCUCCGCGCUGACCCAGCACCAGCACACGCAUGCCAGGGAGCAGCCGUAUCGUUGCUCUGACUGCAACAAGGGUUUUGCAGAGAGCUCAAGGCUGAGAAUACAUCAACGCACACACACCGGGGAGCGGCCGUACCGUUGCUCUGACUGCCACAAGGGUUUUGCACAGAUUGCAUACCUGAGAAUACACCAGCGCAUGCACACCGGAGAGCGGCCGCGCUGCUGCCCCAACUGUGGCAAGAGAUUUGCACACAGCUCAAGCCUGAGAACACACCAGCGCACGCAUACAAGAGAGCGGCCAUACCACUGCACUGACUGCGGCAAGGACUUUGCAGAGAUUGCACACCUGAGAAUACACCAGCGCACGCACAACGGGGAGCGGCCGCACCGCUGUGCUGACUGCGACAAGAGCUUUGCACAGAUCGCACACCUGAGAAGACAUCAACGCACACACACAGGAGAGCUGCCACACCACUGUGCUGACUGCGGCAAGGAUUUUGCACAGAUUGCAUAUCUGAGAAUACACCAGCGCACCCACACUGGGGAGCGGCCAUAUCGCUGUGCCGACUGCGACAAGGGCUUUGCACAGAUCGCACACCUGAGAAUACAUCAACGCACACACAGUGGGGAGCGGCCAUACUGCUGCAUCAGCUGUGGGAAGAGCUUUGCAGAGAACUCAAAGCUGAGAAUACACCAGCGCACGCACACUGGGGAGCGGCCGUACUGCUGCACCGACUGUGGCAAGAGCUUUGCAGAGAGCUCAAGCCUGAGAAUACACCAGCGCACGCACACCGGGGAGCGGCCGUACCACUGUGCUGUCUGUGGAAAGGACUUUUCACAGAUCGGACACCUGAGAAAACACCAGCGCAUGCACAUGGGAGCGGCCGCAUCACUGUGACGAUUGCAGCAAGAGCUUCAGCAAAGCCAAUACACUGACAAACCACCAACACAUAAGCACACCGGGGAGCGGCCGCACCGCUGUGCAUACUAUGGUAAGAGGUUCAGCAAUGCUGCCAAGCUGACCCAGCACCAGUGCAUAAUCUCCUACCUGAGCGCACACCAGCGCGCGCACACCAGGGAGCGGCCAUACAGCUGUCACGAUUGCGGCAAGAGCUUCAGUGGCACCAAUGCAUCAAUGAGGCAUCAGCACACACACACCAAGGCUGGCCAUUCCAGUGCACUCACUGUGGCAAGAGCCUGCACAGAGCUUAUACCUGAGAACACACCAGCGUGUUCACAGCAGGGAGUGGCCAUACAGCUAUGCUGAUUGGCAAACGCUUUGCUCAAUUGGGCAACCUCACCUGGCACCAGUUGACUCACCAACGCCCCUCUGCCACCGCUAGGGCUUGACAGGCUUCUGGCAGCUGGCGGGCCUGGCACAGUGCCAGCAGGAGGAGACCAGGGAGUGGUCCUGUCCCCGUGAUGCCCAGCAGAGAGUGUGUGGGGCAGGGAAUGGGACUUUGCUGAGCAGUGUGGGGAAGAGCAGACAGGUGGGGGGAUUUUAGAGCAGAUGGUCACAGCCUACUCCAUUAGGGACCCCCUGCCUCUAGCUGCCAUCCACGCAGGUGUCUGUAUUCCCUUCUUCUCCCUCUCACACACACAUCUAGCUAUGAGGCAGCCAGGACAACCCCCCCAUCUAGAUGGGACCAUGUCAGGAACUUCCCCCCACUGCUACCUCGGUUCCAAGCAGGGGCCGACUCUCAGGGGCCAUCUGGAGCUGGGAUUUGCAUUCCUGUCUCAGCAUGGAUUGGUCUGAGGGACGGGGUAGGACAGCCUGGUGUGUGACAUUUAAAGACAACUCAGGAACUGCUCAUGCUGUCUACUUUAAAUUCGAAUGUGAUGAAGAACUGCUACAUAUCUAAUCUGUAACAAAGGUCUGUCUAAGCAGGUGUUUCUUUGCUAUUAAAGGAGCUGAUACAUUCGAGUGGCAUAGGGAAAAGCCAACAUGAAGUGCAAAUCUCUCAGAUCAACCAACCAACCAAAAUGUUCUAACGCCUAACUGACCAUGAGGCCUGAUGAACUGUGACUGGCAGGUGCACACAGAGACUUUUGCAUUACUCCUUGGGGAAAGCCGUGCUAAAAAAUUAAACAUUCUGCAAACCCUAUUUAAAAAUUCUGCAUAUUUUAUUUGUCAAUAUAACACACUAUAAUCACGCUAGCUUCCAUUGUUUUGGUUAUUUCAAAAUACCUGUCAGCUACUAUGUCUAAGCUGAAAUCACAACUGAAGGGUGUUUACCAGACACGUCUGGGGAGUGGAUAAGUGUUUCUCAAAAACAAAGAAGUUAACACUUCCAGCCCAUGUGUCCUCAAAGCUGAGGGGCCAUCACCUAUCAGGUAGCCAUUCUUUGGAAAGGGAGACAAUCAGGAACAAACAGACCUGCAUUUAGAAAACAACAGCAUGAAACCUCUUUGCCACCAAAGUUCACGUCUCCUCACUCAGCUGAGAACUUUGUCUAGGGGUCACUUAAAAAAAAGCAUUUCAAAGGGAGAUUGAAUUAUAAAAGAGAGGGGCAAAAACACCUCAUUAUUUCUCCCUGUUCAUCUCUUGUUAUCACCUAAGAGGACAAAAAGAAGAAAAGAAAAGCAGCUCUUGGACCUCAGGAACUGAGCCUGACCUGAAAACUUGGUCAGCAAUGCUACUGGAAACCUGUGCUAAGGGACUUCACCUCGCCCGAAGUCUAGUUUGUUCAGUUUAGUACUAGGAAGUGUUUAUCUUUUUUUUUUCUUGCAACCAUUUCUGACUUUGAUGACUCAUCACUUGUACUCACUUGAAAUCUAUACCUUUGUGAUUAAAUAAAUUUGUUUUCUUCUUUAA